UGUCUCGUCCCUUAAUAACUGAUGAAACUAUAUAUAUGUCCCAGAAUAAUCUAGCUAGGUAACUGCACGCGCAACUCAUCUAUAUUCCGCGUAAUCCAGCAGUACAGCAGCUAGCUGUGACGACGAACUAGCGCAGCGCGCGCAAGAUAUAAAAAUUCUUGUGCCAGGGGGACGCUGAAAAGUCAAGUUCUAGACUAGUAGCUAGAGAUGAUGCCUGUGCCUAAGUAUAUACUAUUUGGAUGUUUGAAGGGCACACAGGACAAAUGAAACAACAAGAAAAACUCUUUGCUUUCAGGCAGCAGCAAUCAUGUAUUAUAUUUAGAGCAUCAUGGAACACCCAAUUCAAACCAUUAUUAAUUUUCUGUCUGGUGGGAAAUUAAAGAAUAGAACAUGGAACCCUCCCAUUAUAUAUAAUAGUAAUGUCUAAUUAGUUCCUUGAUGAUAGUAUUAAAUUGAGACAACUAGCUAGCACACAACUCGUUCGUGUUACGUUUUGGGUCAAUUCAUCCCCCCACUCCACCUCCAGCUCUGUCGUCGCCGUUUGGUCGGAAGGAGUGGCAUGCAUGCUUGUCCAUGGCGGCGGUCAUGCCGGCCAUGAACUGCAGAAUAUCCCAUGCAAUCCAGCAAUGUCAACGGCUGCUGCAUGCGGCCGCCGGCUGCCGCAGAGACGACCACGAACAUUCUCUUCGAUCGUUGUUCCCCGGUUGGAUCGUAUCUCGAUCGCACGUCCCGGCGGCUCAGCCCCCCCAUUAAACAAAAGGAGUCGGAGGCAAAAGCCCAGCCUAUAAGUACGUUGCAGCUCGAUCGCCAUCGUCGUCAUCAUCAUCAUCAGAUCAUAUCCAAAAGAAAAGCGAUCCAUCAAUUAUCUGUAGCUAGCUAGCUUGCAUUGCCACGAUCGACCAUGGCGGGGGCCUCCCUAUCGUUGCUGGUGCUCGUGGUCGUGGCGUCGGCGUCGGCGUCGGCGACGGCGGCGCAGCUGCAGUACGGGUACUACAACACGAGCUGCCCGGGGGUCGAGGACCUGGUGCGCGAGGAGCUGCUGGCCCUGUUCGCCGCCGACGUGACGCUCCCAGCGGGGCUUCUCCGGCUGCACUUCCACGACUGCUUCGGCGCCGGGUGCGACGCCGCCCUGCUGCUCAAGUCGCGCAACGGCACCGCCCAGCGCGACGCCGACCCCAACGCGACGGUGCGCGGCUACGAGGCCAUCGACGCCGUCAAGGCCAAGGUGGAGGCCGCCUGCCCGCUCGUCGUCUCCUGCGCCGACAUCCUCGCCAUGGCGGCGCGCGACGCCGUCAACUUCACCCAGGGCCCCGCGUACCAGGUCGAGACCGGGCGCCGCGACGGCAACGUGUCCCGCAGGGAGGACGCCGAGCGCCUCCUGCCGCCCGCCGACGGCAACGUCACCGUGCUCACCCGGUACUUCGCCGCCCAGAACCUGACCGUCAAGGACAUGAUCGUGCUCUCCGCCGCGCACACCAUCGGCGUCGCGCACUGCCCCUCCUUCUCGGAGCGGCUCUACAACAGCAGCGGCGCCGGCGGCCAGGAUCCGGCCAUGGACCCGGCGUACGCCAGGAACCUGACGGCGGCGUGCCCGGCGGGCGACGUGGCGACCGUGCGGCCGCUGGACCCGUUGUCGCCCAACCGGUUCGACCUGGGCUACUACAAGUCGGUGUACAACCGCACGGCGCUGCUGGGGUCGGACGCGGCGCUGCUGGACGACAGCCUGUCCUUGGCCUACGUGCAGCUCAUGAGCAGCAACGACUCGUACGUCGACACCUUCUUCGCCGACUUCGCCAUCUCCAUGAUCAACAUGGGCAGGAUCGGCGUGCGCACCGGCGCCGACGGCGAGAUCAGGAGCACAUGCGCCGUCUACGUCGACUGAUCCAUCGUCCGGCUGCUGGUUGCUCUGCUCGCUGCUCAAAUUUUCUUUUCUUUUCUUUCAUUCCAUGGCUCUUCUUCUUCUCCAUCAGCUGCUCGCUGCUUUAUUAAUUUUGUUUUGUUCCUCAUUAUUAAUGGGCUGCGUGCGGUGGUUCAUACGAUAUA